CUCUAAGAAAAUCUACGUAUAUAUAGUCAUUAUUGUACUCUUUGUUUACGUAAUUUUUUUGGGGUGGUUGUUGGGUUUGGGGGGGACAUUUUAAUUCUGAUAUUUCUUAUGAGUUUGACAACACAUUGUGAAUGUAAUGAAUUUUUAACACUUCUAUGAUGCUGCAAGCAGCACAGGAUACAUUUGUUGGUGUCUGAAGACAAUCCAGAGGAAAAAAACAACGAAGAUCUGCACCUUCAAGUAGCCCAACUGACUUUUCUCCAGGAGGAGGUAAGAAAGUAACUAUCCACAAACUAGGUACUGUUCUCAUUAACAUUUUCUUGUACCUAAUUGUAUUCAGUUUUCAUUGAUUUAUCUGAUUUGCAACUAAGGCUCCUUUUCUUGAAAGUGUGUGCUGUGUGCUUUUCUUCUCUGUGUGCCCCAAAUUUCCAAAGGUCCAUCAAUGUUGAAAAGCAGCUUGACGGGGGAUGCUUGCCAGGAAGCCAUCUUUUUGCUCAACCAUACAACAGACACUUCCUUAAUUCUCCAAAAGAUGAGAGAGACCUUUCAGCAUUGCCAGAAGCUCAUGAAUGACCCAGACAGAAGUCUUGAUAUCCUGUCCGUAUUACCAAGAUUCCUGGAUACAAAAGGAUUGGUAAGUAUGCAGUGAGGAAAUGGGGUACGUUGAGAAUGACUUGAGAUUUUGUGCUGAAUGUGGUAGUAGUACAUUUUCUCUCUUGUAGAUCAAUCGAGACUUCACUCUCCUGUUUGAUGAAGAUGCAUCCACCAGGCUGCUUCAGAAAUGGGAUCUGAUCUUCAGGUGUAAUGUCAUCAGAGAGGCCAAGCAGCUCACCUGAACACCUGAGCUGCGUCAGUUGGUGCAGUCAGCAGAGGGUCCAGCAGGAAGUGAUGAGGCAACCAGUGAGUUUUGAUCUAUAGAAUUUGCUAUAAGCAGUUACAGUCCAAUACUCUCUUAAUAAAGACAAGUUGAUUUUUUAUUUAGUUUGUUCUUUGUUAACCCUUGUGCACCCCUAAGAAAAACUUCAAUUAACACCCCUAAGGGACGGAAACGGUCCCCUCCAUUUUGCUGCAGUAGAUAUAUGGUCUAAAAAAAUAUAUAUUUAUUUAAAUUUUUUUUUGGCUGCCAUCAUUGACUUAUAACCUAAUCAUAAAUAGCAAAACUUUAUUCAGGUUUUGUAUUUUAACCCCAUAAAUGCCAGUCUUUUUUGUAAAAACCUGAUAUUAUUUUGAGUCAAAAAACAAACUUGGUGAAUUAUUUUCCAUCCUAUAAAUGCAAAUUGUUUUUUUAAACUUUUGAUAAUAAGAGCAUGGGAUUCGUUUACUUUGAUGAGAAAAUUGAUUUGAAAAGAUUUGUAUUUUUUUUUUCUGUAGUGUUGAAUAAUACACACACACACACACACACACACACACACACACACACACACACACACACACCAUCCAUCCAUCCAUCUCUUGCUUUUAUACACGCACAUCGACGAUAUCCUCCCUCUUCAGGUGCCCGCUAUGAACCUUGUGCGUGCGCUCACACAUGCAUGCACGCACACACAAUCUCACACACAAUUUCAAACACACAUACACACCAUCCAUACCUUGCUUGCUUUUACGUACGCACAUCGAUCAGGUGCCUGCUAUGAACCUUGUGCGCUCGCUCACACACACACACAAACAAUCAGACACACACACACACACACACACACACACACACACACACACACACAACACAAACAAUCACACACACACACACACACCAUCUAUCCAUCCAUCCCUUGCUUUUACGCACGCACAUCAAGAGGAAGGGCUUCACGCACGCAUGCACACACACACGAUCUCUCACACACAAACACAAACACACACACACACACACACACACACACACACACACGCACACACACACACACAUACACACACACACUCCAUCCCUUCCUUGCUUGCUUGUACGCACUCACACCGAUCAGGUGCCCGCUAUGAACCUCAUGAGCUCGCUCACACACGUGCGCACACACACACACAAUCAGACACACAAUCAGACACACACACACACACACACAGACAAUCAGACACACACACACACACACCGAAGGAAACUGCAGGUGCAGAUUGUACAACUGCCGCUGUUUCUGGAAGGAUUUUGGCUAUUCUCACGGCUGCAUAUGUACACACACACACACAAUUUAUGAAAACACAUGCACAUUAUCCAUGAUGUCCCUAAAGCACACCUAAACAGUUUUUAUUGAAUUUAUUUUCUCUCUAAAGAUGUUUAGUAUAUUUAGCCUGUAUUCAUUGUGUACAUAUUUCUUCUUAUAUUUAAUUCUAUUUUGUAUUUCUUUGCUGAUGUAACGAGAAUUUUCCAGUUUGGGAUCAAUAAAUCAUGUAUCUAUCAAUCUAUCUAUCUAUAUGCAUGAAAUACACAAGCUCUGUGAAAAAGGGAAAACAGUGCCCCUCUGGUUCUAAAGGGUAUGGCAGGAAAAAAGAAAAAUGGCACCAUCUGCUGGUCGGCGUAAAAAAAAAAACAGUUUGACUCUCAAAGAAUAGGUGUACAUGAGAAAAAAAAAAUCCAAAAAUAAUACUGCAUUGGCAGUGUAUUGAAGAAAACAUGUUUUAAUGGGAGUCAAUGGGACCGUUUCGGUCCUUAGGGGUGUCUACUGUAGUAAUAAAAAUUGCUCACAUGCAAAAAAGGUCAAAGGGAGAAAAAAAAUAAAAAUAUGAAUUGCACCUAAAAUUACACACUUUGACAAACUUUCAUGCCAUUUGCAUCAUCACAGCCAAAAUUAUACACAAAAGUAUAGUUACAAAGGACCAAAAUGGUCCUAAGGGGUGCACAAGGGUUAAUCAAAUGAGUCUAAUCUUGUUUUAAGUGCUACUCAAAGAAUACACUUCUAAUUAAUUCUCUAUUGACUCUUUGUCCAUAGCUUUUGACAAAGAGAUGGCCUCCCUGCUGUUGCUGUCAUAUCUCCUUCCACCACCGCUGGGGGACCAAAGAAUCCAAAGAUCAGUGCUGCUGAUGCAGUCAAGAAACUUGUCUUUCACAAGGUAAUUUAACCCUCUGUAAUCUGGGGGUAUAAUUUGCCGUUUUUGACUACUUUUGAUGUUGCCUUUAUAUUUCAUCUUAAAAACUGUUUACCUUGCCUUGCUUGGUAACAUUUUUUUCUGCACAACCUCACCUGUGUGAAUUUACAGUUAUUUAAUAAUUUUGACAUACUGUAGUAACACAAUGGACCUAAAUUCACACACAAAACAUAAAUUCGAGUGGAAAAAAGUAUUAUUUUAUACUGUGAAAACCACAAAUAUGUGUGACGAACCGUUUUCAAAACUUAAACUGCAAAUAAAAAUUGUAAACUUCACAACAUAUGCAAAAUUUUAACAAAUAACAUUGUAAUUUACCACUAUUUACAUCAAAUUGCAGGCAAUGCCUCAGGCAUUUUUUGUGAUUUUUUCUGCCUUUGUUUGAUUUGCCUGCAUCUGUGGCUAUGAUGAUGGGCACAGGAUGUAAUCUGUGCAGCAACACAGUCCAAACAAUUUUCAUCACUUAGAAUGCAAAUUUAAAUAGAAAACUAAAGUGCAGCAACACAGUCCAAACUAUUUACAGAGAAUCCAAACUAUUUACAGAUUUACAGUGUCAUAAAUGGCACAUUUUACUUGUGCCACUCCAAAAAACAGUUUCUGUCCAGCAACACACAGAGGGCCACACCACAGGCCUGACACAUCCAUGGUGUGUCAUUCCUCUUGUUGUCCACCUGGAGGCAGCGCUGGCACCUUUUUCUGCCCUUGUUCGGUUGGCCUGCAGGAACAUGAUCUGCCCUCCUGCUCUGGGGAACACCUGUUUUGUCCACGCCACAAAGCUGACACCCCAGCUCCACCAUGAAGUCUUUGUGAGUCAUGGGCUGUACCUGCUUGGUUUUGCACAUCUCACGGUGCAGGAUGUAUGCAUUUGUUGUAGCGAUGUCCAGGAAGUGCAGCAACACAGUCCUGUACCAGCGAGCAGUUUUUCUGUGGGUGGAGUAAUAUUGGAUGAGCUGGUCAGACAGAUCAACUCCACCCAUGUUUUUAUUGUGGGCUGUGAUUGGUGUGGGAAUGGGGAUGUCUCUCACAGCCCAGUGCCCAUCUCCAUCCUUCACUCUCCUCUGCACUGUCUCACCCGAAAAUGCAGGAUGGAUGGUGGAGCACACAGACACCUCCCGUGUGUCCAUCCACUUCACAAAAACCAGGGAGCCCUCUCUAAUCCAUCUUACUGAUCCUCUUUCACUUUUUUUUGUGAGAGCAUUUUCCCUCCCUCUGGGGCAUCCUUUCCUGCUCUCUCUGUAGGUGCCACAUGCUCCAAACUUCCUCCUGGCCAGGUCCAUGAAAAGUUUGGGGCUGGUGUAAUAAUUGUCCAUAUAAAUAUGGUACCCUGUGCCAAGAUAGGCUGGUCGAAUGAGGUCCAUGACCACAUCAUAGGACAGCCCAUUCUCACUUACAGUUUGAGCCUUUCCUUGAUAAAUACUGAAGCUACAGGUGUAGCCACUGCUUGACUCAGCCAAGACAAAUAAUUUUAUGCCCCAUUUAGUUGGCUUGUCCUUCAUAUACUGAGUCAUGCCAGUUUUCGCCUUGGUUGCCACCAUCCUCUCAUACACAGACAUCUCCCUCCUCGGGUGGUAAUGAGCCUGGCAGACAUUGAGGAUGUCAUUGUAGAGAGGUCUGAUUCUGAACAAUUUGGUCAUUCUUCUCAUCUUCUUCUGGAUCACUAAGGUGAAUAUUCCAGAAGAUUGACCUGAACCUGUCUCUGGACAUGAUUUUGGAUGGCAUGGGCACAGACAAAAAGUGAUUAUAUCUCCAGUAGUCAUGGAGACUUGGUAGCGACACUAAUGACAUGUAAAUAAGGAGACCAAAAAACUUCUGCAGAUCCUCCUUGUCUAUGUCAGUCCAACUGUAUUUUUUUCCCCAAUUCUUUAUUUUUUGCUGCAUUCUUGUUUGUGUUGCUGCAGAUAGUUCUGACUGUGUCAAUGGCAAAAAACAGAAGAAACAGGUCUUUUGGACUCUGGGGGGAAUGUGGAUCUAACUGGACCCCUGGUGGUCUCUGAGGCUGAAACCUACUCACUGCUGGAGCUCUGUCAGCAUCCUCCCCAGUCUUCCAGGGCUCGGAGCUCAUGUGUGGCUCUGCUGCCUGAGCCAGCCGAGAUCGGGACCUGGUGGGCGUGGCGCGCCGUCCCGUCCUCCGGGUGGCUCUCUGACUACGCACACACGUCAGAGGGUCCUCUGCCCUUCUCUCCUCCUCUUCCUCCUCCUCUCCCUCCUCCUCUCCCCCCUCCUCCAAUAGAAAUGAGGGAUCACCCGCUUCAUCGUCGGAGUCCUCCUCCGGCUCAUACUGUGACGCGGCUGUGUCUCCCUCAGCUUCCUCUUCCUCGAAGAAAAGCGCUAGCGCCCUCUCCACGUCCAUCAAACGCCUCAUUGUCACAAAAAAACAGCACUACACACUAAACUACACUGUACAACACACAACUACACCGAAAUAUUCACUCAAAAUACGCUAAAUCUCACAAAUCACUCAAUCUCAAAACUCUCUAUCGCUUUCGCCGUCUCUCUCUAUCACCGCCGCUACUCCCACAACUUUCUUUUCCCUUAGCAACCAAAACCCGCGCUUUGCCCUGUAAUUUUUUUAUUGGUUGUUGUGAUAAGGUUUUGACUAAUAGGAGAAGUGUUGUCGUGCAUCUUUUUUUUUUUAUUCUUUUCCGCUUUCAAGCACUUUCGUCAGCUUGUUUUCCUGUUUCUUACAGCACCCGUGUGCACCAAACGUGACGAAAACGAGCAGGAAAAAGUAUGGAGCACAUAAUUCAUCAUAACUCUGGUUUUAUUUGGUCUAUCAACACAAUUCAAAAACUGAUAUAAAGUUUGAGGUCCGCACUUUCGAGACAAGUUAAAACGAAGACUCAGCGAGGCUCCAUCUUGCAGCUACAUCCGGUUAAAUAUGUCACGUGAUAUUGACGCAGGGGGGCGUCAAUCAACUUUAAUAUUUAUUCGUUUUUAUCAUGUGUAAAAGUGGCAAAGAGGUGGAUGAAACCAAUUGUCGGUGAAUUUACUUAAACAUAGGAUGUUUAUAUUCCCUUCUGUGAGGCUAUUUUCUGACUUACUCCUGUGUCUAACGUCCAAUGUCCUUGUGUAAACCUCAGUCUUGCUGCAGUUUGGAAGAGCAUCUUCGGAAUUAGCAGAGCCCGCAGCCAUACCUCCUAGCCGUUGGUCAGCAAAAGUGGAACAUUGAUAGCUUCUACAUCUCCAUGGACAAGCAUCUCAUCCCUUGCCAGACAAAUCGCUCCCUUGGGGCAUUUGAUGAGCUUUUUAAAGCUCAUUUUGUGUUCAAUAUGUCUUGUGAUGGUGCUCUUGUGAAUUUCUACACCUUUCUCCAGACAACAGUUUGUAACAUCGAUAUGACAAAAAUGAAGGAGUCACAAAGAGUUUGAGACAUGAGAGCCAAACUCCCUAACCAGGAAAUACUUGUCACAACCGUGAGUUAAAUGCAAGGAAAUCUCUUGACGGCAUUGUGAACGAAAUGCUGUUUUUUGUGUGAGAAAGUUUAUCACAGCAGUUAGCAGUUGAUUUCACAUAUAAGAGGUUUAAGACAUGCAAGUCUUUUGUCCAAUACUUGAUGUAUUUUUGGUUAAAGAUGGCAUUUUUUUAUUGACACACAAGCUAUUUACAGAGAACUUUGAUGAACAUCACCAUGUGUUCAAAGUACUACGAACAGAAGAAAGGUGUGUAAUAAAAACAACUUAACUUAAAUGUCAGAAUCCCUUUGAUAUUCAAAGCUCAUCUGGAGCUACAGAUGAAAAUUUGUACAUUAUACCUUUAUUUAUGCAUUAAUUGACUGCGUGGGAG